AUGAUGAUCAUUUACGCUGAGAUCGAUAAUGCGUUGCAUUUUGAUGAUUACAAGAGAAUUAUCGACUUAGCUUUAAAAUGGCCCUGGAAGGAAACGCACUUUGUCAUUGCCGAAAAUUGUUUUGGUUGCGGCAUAAAUACAAGAUACAUUUCUCCUCCACAUUUUUCAAUGAAUAUGAAUCUUGAAGAUAUUUUAUAUUUACUGCAAAAUCCACAAUUCUGGUGUUACAAUUGCAAAUAUUGUGUUUAUGAUCAUUUCCCUAGAGAUGAGUGUAUUUUUUGUGCUAUUUAG